AUGUUGGUUCAUGGUGACUGGUUCCUCGUGCUUGACAUCUGCAGCCAUGGCCGUGCGAUCAAUGCGAAGGGCUUGCCUGCCAACAACGUCGACCCUUUCCCAGUGAGGGUGGUGCCUUUGACAAAUGAGAACCGGGAGCCGCCCUCCGACCCGACCUGGAGUCUCGUGAGGCGCGGGCCGGGAGUGAGGGGGUCGGCGCCCGGGAGUGAGGAGGUCAAGGCCCGGGACAAAGGCGCUGCGGAUUCCCCCGUUUGCUUUCCGGAUCCUCACACGUGGAGAGGACAAGGCCCGCCGGCAGCCGAAACCCCUGUCUUGGGAAGCGAAUCCCGGGCAUUGGACCGGAGCGGGCCCCGAACACGUGCGGCGUUCGUCGACGACGCGGCGCAGGCACUGACCGGGACCGGCCUGCUCGUUCAUCUUCAAUGCCGCGGUGGUUUUUUGGCUUCCAGAGAGUCUUCCUGGUGGCUUGGAUCGAGGAUGAAGCCAUUGUCAGUCAGGGAUGCCGUGUUUCUGAAUCUGAACAAAUCCGGCUUAGCUAGGCUGUAUGUCUCAGUGUUUUCCUGCUCCAUUGCCAAGUUGAGCGAGCCAUUCCUUCUCGAGAUGGAAAGAGACCCGAACAGGGCUGCCUGGGAACGCGGUGAAAUCCGAGGCUGA